AAUUGUAAUUAACAAUAUCAAAUGUUAGUUCUAAAAAAAAUUGUCUCUUCUAUAAAAUUUCAAAAUACAUACGCACUAAUAAAAUUCUAUAUUUUCUCGACGACGUACCGUACUACUAGAACAUAAUAAUAUUACGAUUUUUUUUAUAACAAAAUAGUUUCUAAUAUAUUAAUAUUAUCAUUAAUGACAUUAUUCCUACUACCUAUUGUAAUUUAGUUUUUUUAUUCAUUGUGAAAUUUACAAAAGUUAAUACUCAAUCGAUAAAAUGUUAAAUACAAAUUCAUAUAUGUCAUGACUUUGUCUUUGAUUCAUGAAACUACACUACAGAGGAAUUAGUAUUGAUUACAUUUAAAAUGAAUUCAACUGAAAAAAUUAUAAAAACAAUGAGUGCAGAUCAAAUGUCUCAAGUUGUUGCAGGAGUGCAAGCAGAUUUAGAUAAUGAAAUAAUCAAAACAAAACAAACUCUAGAUCAAAUUGAUCAAAAUAUUUUUACUUGUAUCAAUAAUUUAAAAAAACUUAGAAGAAGUAUCAUAAUAUCACAUUAUGCUAAAAUGAAAAAUAAUACUGAUGGACAUAAAAACAGCCAGAGAGAUGCUCUUCUGAAAAAUUUGGACUGCGAAGACGAAACAAAAGAUUUGAGUGUAUUUAUGACCAAUCUGAGUAAUGUAUCGACACAAUUAAGAACUGAAUCCACAAGUAAUAUUGAAGAACUAAACAAAACCAUUUUACAAAAUGCUUUACCUCCUGCAAGCUUUAUUCCUAAGACUGGAUUGAUUGAUUUAACAUUUGUUAUUGGAAAUAUUGUUAAAAUAAGUGAUUCUGAAAAUGAAAUGAAAUAUAAAUGGACUGUUUAUGUACGCAAUGCAGAAGAAGGGGUUGACAAUUUGAUUUAUAUUGAUAAAGUGACAUAUUUCUUACAUGAAUCCUAUGAACCUAACCAUAUUGUAGAUGUAAUCAAAAAACCAUUUUCAUUAACAAGACAUGGUUGGGGAGAAUUUGUAAUUCGUUUACGUUUGCAUUUCAAAGGGAACAUGAAUGUUCAAACCGAUGUAUAUCAUAAAUUAUGCCUAAAUAAAGACAUAACAGUUGGUAUCCCAAUGGUUGCUAAAGAGCAAACAGUUAAGUACAAUCUAUUACUACACAAAUAGUAUGUUACUUGAGUGUACAUUUAAACUCUGUAAGUUGUGUAUAAUAUGGAAGUGUGAUAACUAUGCAUUUUGAUGUAUUGAACUAUACAAUUAUUUAACUUUUAAUUGUAAUUAUAUAAAUAAAUAAAAAAAAUCUUAUUCAAAACAAAA